CACUACGUGCUCGACCCGAAACCUUCAGGUUUUUCUUUCGUAAAGCCGUAACAAGAGAAGCUCGGCUCCGGGAGAACAUAGGAGUCAAGUUCUAGUGUACGCUUCGUUCAACAGCUUACGGAGAUCAGUCACUGGGAAUUGUGGGUGGAAUUGAAGCAAGUGACGAAUUUUGGACUGUUGAAUUAUAGAAGGUCCCAAAAUUCGUCUCCAGUUGGAGGGUCUACACUGCUCCUGCAAGAUGACGACCGUGGAGGAGAAUCUGUUCUUCAUGCAGCUGCAAGCAGCUGAAUUGCGUCUGUGGACCAACGAGUGGGACGACGAUGAAUUGGCAUUUCAACUGCAAAUAGAGGAAGCAUUGCGAUUCAGCAUGGAAACGUGGAUUGGGUCGACUUCCAAAGCCUCAGUCCACAAGUGUUGUACAACAGGUGUUUUAUCGGAGACUGGAUUCAUUUCCCAAGCCGGCGUACCGGACGACCACAAGACUGCGUUCUUAGAACAAAAGCUCGAGGUGGAGAGUCUACAACAGGUGGUGGACGACGAAGCGGAAGCUCUGAGAGAGCAAGCAAGGCUGGAGGAGCUAAGGGCCAUUUGUGAUCACGAUGCCAAAUUUGUUAGACAUCUGUCCUCACCAUCGAUUCCUGACACCCGCAAAGAUCACCUGGAGAAUCCAUUCACUUUUCAUUCGGACGGCCUCAAGGGAACACUUGACGAAGCCUGGGGACUGGAAGUGAUAAUGGCAUCAAUGAAUUUGACCCAUGCGACUGACGUCGCGACAUCUUCACAAGAGGCAGGGAGCGAGGUCGAUGACGAUGACAGGACCUGCAAAAUUUGCCAAACCACUACAAUGAAUCUUUCAAACUCAUGUCGCGUGACUCCGAAGUGCGGACAUAGAUUCUGCGCGGCUUGUCUGAGAUCUCAUGGCACCGCGACGGUGAAGAAUGGGAGGUUCCAAAUUCCCUGCCUAGACUAUAUGUGUGGAGAAAUGUGGCCUACCAAACUAUGCGAGCUUCUGCUCUCCCCAGACGAUGUUUCCACCCUCCAUCAACGUGAAGUUGAGGCUGCCUUGCCAGAGUUGGACCGAGUUUAUUGCCCCUUCAAAGAUUGCUCGGCCCUGAAUCUGAAACCAGACGUAGGUGAACCUUCAAGCUCCUGGCAAGCAGCCAAUACUGGAGCUGAGUGCGUCACAUGCCAUCGAUAUUUCUGCUUUACAUGUCAGGUACCUUGGCAUAGUGAGCAAACUUGCGAAGAGUAUCAGAGAACCCCUGUGGACGAAAGAUCAGGCUCUGACAUAGCCUUGCUCAAGGCCUUGGCAAAGCAAAAGAAGUGGCAAACAUGUGUUUGCGGCCACGUAGUGGAGCUAGCGUACGGGUGUAACCACAUUACUUGCAGGUGCGGCAAGCAUUUCUGUUAUAUCUGCGGCGAGGACUUUAGGCACGGUCAUGUGUGCCAGGAGGAUUCGCGACGCUAAAUUUGGUCAGCCUUGCCCUGUGAUACGGACGAUAAUUCGUCGUAAUAUGGGGUACGGGCUAUGACCCCUAAUAAUAUUACCGAGACUGAUUAUGCAAUGUAAACAUCAGGCUCUUUUCUUCAGGCAUCUAAACCUCAAUUCGUCGUUGACGAAUCAAGACUAAGUUUUGUCGAGACUAUUAUGCUCAGGAAGCUAUGUAUAUUUUUGUAUAAAUGUAUAUAUGAAAGUCAUGAAUCAUAUCAAUGAUGAUGAGCAUUGAGAUUGCUCUAAUCUUGAUACUUCGAGGUCAUGACCAUUUUUCCG